UGGAUAAAUACUUCUGCCGAUACUAAUUUAGAUGCAGAUCAAGUGUUUUUGAAUCUGAAGAGGGUGUGUAUACCAAUGUCCUAAAGGCGAAACGGAAGGAUAAUUGGAGAGCGUUCGACUUACGAAGGGAGGUAUCACGCUCAGAAUGGAGGAAGGCUCUGACCAUUGCAGUUUGAAUGGAGAUGAUGCAGGAAGUACCGAAUCCAUGGAUUUGCCCCUUGCUGAGCCCGACUUGCACCAGAUGUACCUGUCCUGUCUACCUGACCGCUACAUGAAGGCAAAAAUGAGCCUGGCAGCCUACCUCAUUGAUUGGGCCAUUGCACUUCUUUGCAAGCGAGCAUUGGAUAGAAAUUCACUCCUGCAACAACAGGUCUCAGAAUCCAUAGAAAAUCUUUCUGAACCCUGUGAAUCUGAAGGGGAAGAUGGUUCAGAGGAAGAAUCGCCAGGAUCAAGCCAACAUUCUCGUGGUGCUCCACCUGGAUCCAGUAAGAAUGUCAUAGAAACACCAACAACAAGUGAGAGAACAUUGGAACCUACUAGUACAUCUUCAGAGAUAACGUUGACAGAUCCUGAACUAAAAGUAGAAACAAUUGCUGCUUAUACUGGUGAUCGGGAAAGGCUAGUUGAUAUAUCUGUUGAUCCAGAGCUCAGUGCUAGUACCUCUGAUACAUUGCAGUUGUGUGCAACACAAGUAAGGACUUGUACAGUUUCCUUCUUUAGAGAUUCGGAGAUACAAAGCAGAUCCUCUAGUCCACAGGUGAGAAAUGCAGCUGCAGCAGGGACAAAAUUAGUUCAAAGUGACAUUUCAGAACAAACCUCUGCAGUAACGUUAAACAGCUGUCCCAGUGUGUGCCUUGAGCAAAGAAUUUCCCACUCCAGAGCUAGUCAUCCUGCUGCUGACACAGAACCUAAACCGGGUGACCUUUCCCCAGAAACCGAAUCAGAGGCAAGCAAAUUCUCUUCUCUGUCGGAACCACAGGGGGCUGAACUUUCCAAUGAAGUUAAUUUAGAAAAAUGCAGCAUUUCUUUUGAAACAAAAGCUCAACAUAAUAUAUCCUCUAGUUCAGAAACAGCAUCAAGUGUUGCUUUUGAUGCAUACAUUGGUUGUCCUGAGUUGGAAUGGGACUCCAGUAAAACUUCUCUGCAUACACAAGACCAGAUUGCUAUUCCCUCUGAAACAGAAUCAUUGCUAAGUGGGAUUUCUUUAGACUUGAGUGUACAGCCAACUGUGUUUUCAUCAGAAUCACCAGAGCUAGCAAGGAUUCCCCCCGAUGAACAAUCUGAACCUGCUUCAACAUGUCUUGGGAUACAUUAUAAAUCCGAUGGAAUUAACCAUGAUCCAAGUAUAAUCGUUUUGGCAGAAACAGACUGGUUUUCCUCAAAAAAGGAACAGAUUUUACAUGAAAAUCCUUCAGGAGAUACUGAAAACUCCACUGUAGUUUGUCCCGGAACAAGUAAUACUCCUCCUGCAGAAUCCACGUCAACCCGGACACCACUAGAUGUGAACAGAUUCAGAAGUGAAAUUCCAGAGGGUCUAGAAUCUGAUAUCAUUGAAGCUUAUCCAGUGGCAGAUGAGACUUUGAAUGGGAUAAUAUCAAAAUUAGAAACAUUAUGCGCUUCCCAAGAUACAAACCAGAAACUAAGUGAAAUUUUCUCUGAAUCACAUUCAAAUGCCCUUGAAAGUGGCUGUGAAAGAGGUGAAGACUCUGCAGAAUCAAAAUCAAUCAGAUAUUCUCAGAGUGUAAGUCCAGAUCAAAGUCUAAUUCCCAACCAAAGAAAACCAGAUUCCACUAAGACAGUUUUAGGAUCAAGUGAAAAUUUCAGUGCUUUUGAACCUGAUCCAACAUGCCCUUCUGUGCAAACAAAUCAAGAUAUAAGUGAAAUUCUUAUUGAUGUUGAAUCACAAAUCCCCACCAUUGAGAUGAACAAUACUUGUGGUGAAAUUAUAUCAGAAUCAACCUGGGCUUUCUUCCAUCCAGACCAAGAUUUAAUUGAAAUUGCCCCUGAAGUCGAAUCACUUUCCACGAAAACAAAUCCUGAGACACAUGAGAUUUUUGCUGGUCUUAAAUCAGAGCCCGUCUGGACUUGCCUGGAUUCAGAGCAAAACUUAAGUGAAAUCCCAUUUAAAACUGAACUACAGUGCACAGAGGCAAAUGUGGUUUCUGCUGGCCUCAUUUUAGAUUCAGAAUCAGUCUGUGUUUCCCAGGAGACAGACCGAGCUCUGAGUGAAAUCCCUUCUGAAACAGAAACGGGCUUUCCUGAGAUUUCGCCUGGCAUAAUAUCUGAAAUAAAUAAAACAUCAACCUUGAUAAAUUCAGAGGUAAAGAGUCUGCCUGGUUUAGAUGGUAGGUGUCCAAAGAUAGAAACAAGUGAUACUGCUCAAGAAUUUAAAUCCAAAACCUCUUUGGCUUUAAUUUGCCCAGUGAGUGAAUUAGAGCCUUUUACAGUUUGUGUUGUAAAUCAAAAAGACAUCAAUGGAACAAAUACUACCGCUGAACUGAACACUAGUCAGGAAACCUUUCACCAACUGGGAUUUGAUGUCGAAAGCCAAUUAGAGCAGAAUGUGGUUUUUCAGGAGUCAAAGGGCUACACAGAUGUAAGUGAGAUUUCGGAAACCAAGGUAAGCAACCAAGAAGUACAUCAAGACCAAAGUGAAAUUUCUGCAAGUGGAAAAGUGGACAUAAGUGACCCUAUUUCGGAAGUAAGAUCCACUCAUUGUAACUCAUUUGAACUGUUACCUGGGGAGACGACUCGGGAAAUCCUUUCAGCUUGGCCAGAGACUGGGCAAACUACUUAUGAAGAAAGUGUACACAACAUCACUGGAGCUAAGCUGGAAUCAACAUGUUCUUCCAUUGAAUUUAAUGUUGAAGGGAGUGGAGUAGUUCCCCUUGAGACAGGAUCUGGGACUACUGAGGAAACAGCAGGAGCAAUACAAAGAACAAGAAGUAGUUCCACAGAGAGACAUGGAGAAGAUUCUGAAGAGGGUAAAUUGAAAGUUACGCAGAUUUUCUCACAAACUCAAACAGAACCACAUGAACAUAUAAUUGAGGGAAAGCAAGGGGAUAUCACUGAUUUAACAUCACCAGGAAAGGAGCAAAACGAGAAUUUUGACAGAGGUUUUGAGACACAUCUGUCAAGUCAGAGGAUUAAUGAAACACUGGUUUUGAGGGACAGCUAUUCACACACAGACCCAGAGGUUAGAAGUAUAGAAAAACAUGAGAUUGACCUUCAAACGGACAAACAAACAAGUAUGGCUUCAGUUAAUGCAAGGGUUGAUUCAGAAAGUCCUCCCAACACCACACCAACUGAGGUUUUCCUUGAGAGGACAAUAGAAACUAACAAAAUUUAUUCUGAUGACAUUAGUGUCAGAAGGGAGAAUGCUUUUGAACUCACUGGCCAGGAAAGUGCACACACGCUUGUGCUGAUUGAACAACCUAUUAAAGAGUGCAGCAAAACAGACCCAGAAACAGAUAAAUUGUAUUUGGUAUUCGAAGCUACCACAGAACAAAACUUAAGGAUAAGUAAUGUCUCUGGUGAGGAACAAACAGGGGUAGUUGACAUUCCUUCUCAAACUAGCAUAGAACCAGGUCUUGAUUCAGAAUCUGAACCAAGAAAGGUUUUUGUUGAAGGAUUGUCAAUAUCAGACACUACUAACACCCUUGAACAGAAUAGCACUGCUGAAAAAAAUAAAAUGGAGAUAACUGAUGCUGAGCUAGAGCAAACAAUCUUUUUUGUUGAUAAAGGGUUCAGAGACAAUAUUGUAGCUCCUGAAAACGGUUUGGAAAACCAUCCAAUCAGUAUUCAAGGUACUGACUCAAAGACAGCUGAACUUCCAGUAGAAGCAAAAUUAAAAGACACUGGAAUUGCAAACGCAGAUGUGCACAGAAAAUACAUUGGCAUACCUGCAGAGGUAGACUCUCUGCAAACUGAAAACACUGACAGCAUGGAUUAUGACAAAAUAGUGGAUGAACAACAAGCCAAUUGUGAAAAUGGCAGCCAAGAGACAAUUAAAUUAGAUGGUGAACCUACUGAUAGUCCACCAGUUAUUUAUGAUACUGAUGGUAACAGUACAACUAGUGAAGAACUAGAGGAAAGGACUUACCCAUUUGGAAGUAACAGCAGCUUACAUAAAGCACUUCAGAGACAGAGCUCCACAAAAGGAGAAGAUCGGUUUGGAUCGUUCUCCUCCUUAAACUCCUUCACCGCUUCUUUCAAAAGCUCAAAAUUUUCAGUUUUCACUAAAAUGGCAUCAUUUAGGAGAAACAAAUCAUGGUCACAAGAACAUCAAACUGAAAGUACCAACAAAGAGGGGAACAAGAGGCAACAGGUGCGAGAUGCGGAAGAGAAUAAAAUACAAACCAAGAGCAAUGCAAAUUGUGUCUCAGUGUAUAAAGUGCAUUACCCAAGCUAUAAAAUUCAUCUGCCUCAUCACGUCAAAGAUAAGAGUGAACAUCCAAUUUUGGAUGGUUCAGACGAAGACGAUGAUGUUUUCGAAAGUAGCAGUCCGUUGAACCAAAAUGUGAGUAGAGCAUUUGGCACUGGUGGACGACAGGAUGUAGAAGGUAUGGAAGAAGUUCAGAGUGUGGCAGAGAUUGGUCAUCAUUUCCAUAGCAGAAUCACAGACUCUAUGGAGGGAGAUGACAUUAACACAGAGGAUCAAAAUACCAAAAUAGCUCCCACAACGGAUAGCAGUUGUAAAAAGAGCAGAAGUGCCGACAGCCUUAACCUUAGAAUGAAACGGGCUUUUGCUAAUAAGUCACUCUCCAGUUUCUUUGAAACAAAAUCUGGAGAAAAAGAAAGUGCCCAUCAGCACUCAAAAUCUCACAAGAAAUUUGAUGGUGAUGAUGGCAAAUCAAGGCACAUGUCCUGGAAAAGGUUCAUGAGACUAAACGAGUCGGAAUCCAUAAAGGGAUCAAAUCCAUCGAGCACUUCAAGUACAAGCAGUGGGGAAAGUCAACUCAUAAGGACACAGUCUCAAGUGCACAGUGAAUAUGCAAGGCGGAUCUCAAUGGAUCAGGUUGACAGUGGCCACCCCUUAUCACCCUCAUCACCUCCGCCAGCUCGGAGGUCAUGCAGAGCUCAGUUUUCAAGUUGCUCCCCUGACUCAGAUUUUGUUGCAAAACCAGUUGAACAAAGAGGGAAAAGAACAUCUCCAAAUGGAUUGAGACUUGCACUGAUGCCCAACAAUAAUCUGGAAACUGAUGAUGGUUUCAGAACUACACCAAGUCAGUCCAUCCCACACACUUUAAUGAAUCAGUUAAGCCCUACUUGGAAUAGGCCUGGUGUGAUUUCCGAAUGCUUUGAUGGUCCUUUCCCUGCAAGGCCUAUGAGUCCUAAACCUCAAAGUCCAAGGUCAAGUUUUCGAAGGAGCUUUCGCUCCAGCAACAGAGGUAGCACUUCGUCGUGGACUUCCUUGGAUUCUAGCAGGACAACAGAUGGUGCGUUGGAAAGCCCUGAAAGGCCGACAACAUCAAAACCAAGAGGAAACCUCCUUCUUUCAGUACAGUCCCUGAAUUAUGAAUGUCAGAAAGAGGACAGUGGAAUAAGCAGUCAAUCACAGACAAGUCUAAAUACGACAUCUUCAGUCAUUGACAUUGCCAAAGAUGAGGAAGUAAGUAAGCAUCCAAACCAGCCAACACAGGAGAUGAACCCAACUGCUUCAGCGGUCCUGAGGAGCCAUCAGCAGAGCCACCUGCGGCAGCGCCCCUUCUCAGACAGCGGACAGAUGGCCUGGCUACAUGGUUGCACUGAGCAAGAAGCGAAAUGUAAACUAGACAGUGAGGAUGACAUGGAAGAGUUAUGCUUACCAUCUUACAAGCGAUGCAGCUCAGAUGAGUUGCUGCAGGAAGAAGCAAGGAAGAGGCGGAGGAAGUUGAUUGCAGAUGUAAAGAACAGCAGAAAACAUCAUGGCAGGACCAACGCUGAGACUCGCAAUGAAGUUGGAAUGAGAUUUCCCUAUCUGCCACCUCUCUCUGCUACCUUCAAAAACAUACCCCUGAGAUUUCUUACCUUAUCCCAGAGCACACCAACAGGACUGGACUGUCUAGGGUAUAAACACUGGAUGGAAACUUCAGUCAUCACCGAUGGUGCACUAGAGAAGAGUGUUUUUGCUGAUGAAGCUGGAAGUGAGGAGGAUUUGUACGAGGAUUAUCGGAGCGGAAACCACCGAUAUGGGCACCAAGGAGGAGGCGGAGAGCAGCUGGCCAUCAAUGAGCUCAUCAGCGAUGGCAGUGUGGUCUAUGCAGAGGCCCUCUGGGACCAUGUCACCAUGGAUGACCAGGAGCUCGGCUUCAAAGCUGGUGAUGUCAUUGAAGUAGUGGAUGCAACCAACAAAGAGUGGUGGUGGGGGAGGAUCGCAGACAGCGAAGGCUGGUUCCCUGCCAGCUUUGUGCGGUUGUGGGUCAACCAGGAUGAACCCAUGGAGGAAUAUCCAGUCAAGGUCGAGGGCGGGAAGCCUGAUGAUCCCAACAGUACUGACCACUGCUCGGCCACAGGCCAGUCGAAGAAAGACCAAAUGCGGACAAAUGUCAUCAGUGAGAUUAUGAGCACUGAGAAUGAUUACAUCAAACACUUAAAGGAUAUCUGUGAGGGUUAUGUUAAGCAAUGCCGGAAAAGGACAGAUAUGUUCACAGAAGAGCAGCUACGCACAAUCUUUGGGAACAUUGAAGACAUCUACAAAUUUCAGAAAAAGUUUCUUAAGGGCCUGGAAACUAAAUUUAAUAAAGAUGAACCCCAUCUGAGUGAGAUUGGUUCCUGCUUUCUUGAAUUUCAGACAGAUUUCCAGAUAUACUCAGAAUACUGCAACAACCAUCCCAAUGCUUAUGCAGAACUCUCCAAACUCAUGAAGAUCAACAAAUACGUUUACUUUUUUGAAGCUUGUCGACUGCUCCAAAAGAUGAUUGACAUUUCUCUGGAUGGGUUUCUGCUCACACCAGUGCAGAAGAUUUGUAAAUAUCCACUUCAGUUAGCAGAGUUGCUCAAGUACACUAACCCUGAACACAGGGAUUACAAAGAUGUUGAGGCCGCACUAAAUGCCAUGAAGAAUGUGGCAAAACUGAUCAACGAGCGCAAGAGGCGGCUAGAGAACCUGGACAAGAUUGCUCAGUGGCAGAGUUCAAUUGAAAAUUGGGAGGGUGAGGAUGUUUUGGCACGAAGCUCAGAGCUUAUCCAUUCAGGUGAAUUAACAAAGAUUUCGCAGCCACAGGCCAAGAGUAAACAACGGAUUUUUUUUCUCUUUGACCAUCAGGUGGUCUUCUGCAAAAAGGACCUUCUACGUCGUGACAUCCUAUACUACAAAAGCAGGAUAGAUACAGACAGCAUGGAAGUGGUGGAUGUAGAAGAUGGGAAGGACAAAGACUUUAACAUCAGUGUAAAGAAUGCUUUCAAACUUCAAAACAAGUUCACAAAUGAGAUUCAUCUAUUCUGUGCAAAGAAGUCCUCGGUGAAACAACGAUGGCUUCAGGCAUUUGAAAAUGAAAGAAAACAGGUCCAACUGGACAAGGAGACAGGAUUUGCUAUCACUGAAGUUCAAAAGAAGCAGGCAAUGCUGAAUGCAAAGAAAUCACAUCCAUCUGGAAAGCCAAAAGCUGUAACAAGGCCUUACUAUGACUUUCUAACCCUGCGGCAGAAACAUCCGAUGCUGCCUUCAACCAUUCCCCAACAGCAGGUGUACAUGUUGGCUGAGCCCGCGCAAGCCAUCCAACUUUUGGCAGAACAUCGGGAGACUGACGCCAUUCAAGAAGUGAAGGGGCAGCUUUGUGAAGCUGAUCUAAGGCCUUUCCAAGGGAGCACUUUAGCAACCAGUUGCAAUCAGAAUGAAUGAAUGCUCUGUGCGUGUUCAGAUGUGUAUAUACAUAAAUGCCACUACAAGCUGUACUUCUACAAGUUGGCAAACUCCUCACUGGGAGAAGAUGGCAUUUCCAUCUUCCAUUGACAUUUCUGGUCAGACAACUUCAUGAUAAGCUGACUGUCAGCAAUGCCAGUUAAAGAGCUGCCUAAGUGUAUGUUUACAUCCGUAGCAACAGCCAAGCUCAACGUUCUCCGAAUUCUACAACAUAAGGUUUUUCCUUUCUAUUUUAAAUGGGAAAAAUCCUACAUUUUUCAAGAGGGAAGCUGCAUCAUUACAAAGGAUUUAGAUUUCUAUUGAACAAUUUGCUGUACUUGUAAAGGUGCGCCAACAUUACGCAACAACAGAACUGUACUGUGAACAAGCAACUUUUCACAGAUCUCUAGUGCUGCAUCUUACCCUUCCUCUGUGCUUUCACUGGAAUGAAACACUGUGUGUGCCUACAUGCAAGUGGUGCAAGUUAUUAUUUAAAACACUUGGUGGAUUUGAACCAAGUUAUUUUGAAUACUUUUUGCCAAUUACUUUUAAGUGUGGGCAAUGCCAAUCUAAUUGCGCAAGAAUGGAUAAUUUCGGGCUCCUGGACUGAAACAGUGCUGCCGGUUGCCGGGCUCCUGUCAGAGUUUGUGUCAAUAAUGAGAAAGAGAAGCAGCAAACUACAAUGAAACAGUAGGUCUACAAUCAAAGUUUUCAUUUCUGCUGCCUGGAAUUUAGCCCAAAGUACGCAGCUGGGAAAAAGAGUUUUGCCCUCGCAUUCAUGCGAUCUUAAAUGAAAUUAGGUUGUGUCACGAGGUCAAUGCUGCACUCACAGUUGGCACUGAAAUAAUCAUGAAAGUUACAUCCUCAAUUUGUUACAGUAUUAACUUGAAAGAAAAAAAAUGUUUAAUUCAGUCAGUGUAUAGGAGGAAAGAGUGACCUGCCAAGUUAUCAUGUCCUAAUGUCUAUAAAUGAGUUGUGUAAAUAUUAACAAAAUGAUUUAUUUAUGUACACUGAAUUCAUUGUACCUGUACUUACUGUUUGGCUUCUCCACAGUCUUUCCAGCACAAAUGCCUUAUUGAGGAAUGCACUUACCCGAUUGCUUGUCUCCUCCUGCCCUGACCCCUUCCCCAGUGUAGAAGUGAUAUUACUUCAAAAUUUCUUUGUCAGGGGAAAUUUAGAAAGGUCAUUUUCUGAAAGCUAAUAAUUAUAGUUGUGUUUUAAUGCAGAUUGGGUUAGAUGCUGCUGAUCCCAUUUUACAACCCAGCCUACUCCCUCGACUUCAAGACAACCUUACAAAAAUAAACUAAUAUGUUUACAGGACACGAUAUCAACCCAGACUGUAAAUAUGAAGAACAUACACAAUGGAACAUACUUGGGCAUUUUAAGCCAUUGGUCACCAUCCCAAACUGAGAAGACAUCUGGGCUUUCAGUGAAGAUUUAUGUAAGACUGCAUAAAAUAAUUCAGAAAUACGCAAAAAUCUACACAUACUUCUAUUAUUUUCCAUUAAUUCUUGCUAGCAUAGCAAAGUAAUUGUUAAGACAUGUUAACAAGAAUAUACAUUUAGAAAUCAGUAUAGAUGUGGUACCACAAGCCAAAUAUUGAAGCCCAUUCUAUUCAAAAGGAGAAGUUGAAUAAAAUAAUUACCCACCCAACGAAAUACCCCUUUCAGUAGAAAAAUAAUAUAUUGCCCACCCCCCAACGCAAUUUAAAGUUGUAUGGAUAAAUGAUUCUUAUUCUCUAUCUGCCUAGUUACCUUAAUUAGCAACGCCAGUAAUAGGCUGAGAGGUUUUAUAAUAGAAAGAGGCUGUGGGAUUCUUGAGCAAAAAUUAAAUCAUGAAUGAAGUAGUCCCUACUAGUCCUUGACCUGAAACAAUAGCUUGGUUUUUGUGCUCACAGAUGUUAUCGGAUGCAUCUUCAGCAUCUUCUAUUUUCAUUGCUGAUUUCUAGCCUGCCCAAAUUGUUACUUCUCCCAGAUCGUGCCAUUUACAGACACUAUAAAUUUACACAGUCCUCCUUGCCUUAUAACAAUGACAGUCUUACAAAAAUGACAAAAACUGUUCUAUAUUCCUCCUUUAAAAGUUACUUAAUCAUCAGUCUUUCUCUAGACUAAGUAGUUUAUAUAUUCCCAGUUAUAUUUUCAUAUACAUCCCAAAGUUCUGUAAUGUCUUGGGUUUAUGUCCUAGUUCCAGAAACAUUAGAAAUGAUGUACAAUUAUUUAGUGAGCACAAACAUAGAAGGAAAUAAUGGAAAGCUCUUCCAUAAAUAAUUCCCUGCUUCUUUAAAAAUUAUUAAAGUAUGUAGUUGUCUUUAUUUUUAAGACUUUUUAUUUUAUGUCCUUUUGGAAAUCUUUGGUGAGAGUGAGUCUGUUUUACUUCAAAGAUGCUCUAGUAAAGGAUCUGCCAACUAAACUGAAGGCACUUUAACUUGAUAAAUAAAGAUACUUUGGACUGAAGACAUACUCUCCCAUAAGAAUUUCCCCCUUAAGUGCACUGUCAAUUUAAAUUGUGCCCAGGAAUAUCCAAUGCCCUGAGGGCAAUGAUGUCUAUUUCUGCCAAAAGUUCCAAUUUUUGCAAAGUUUUAAUAAUGGAAAUAAAGGAAAAUAAUUUUCAGUAAAAUAAAAUUCAUAUAAUAAUUAGCAAAUAGAACAAAGGAAAUAGUUGCCUCAUUAGAACUUAGAUUCAUAGAAUUUCAACCCUGAUCACCAGUACAAUACGGCAAUGGCAGAGCAAUAUACUAUUAUCUGUGGAGUGAGUUUUACUGGUGGAGUACAACAUACGAAACCCAUAUUUAGCGCAUUUUGCUGCCAGGAAUGAAAUUCAAGAUGCUGAUGUUUUUGGAAGCAGCACUGGAUGCAGAAAUAAUCAUUGUUCUUGAAAGGAAAGUGGAUAAAUAUUUGAAUGAGUGAAAGGAAAGGUGUCAUAAAAGUGCCAAAGAAAGGAGGCAAAGUGAAGAGCUUUUUCAAGACACCAGGGCCGUCAAUGUGGGCUUAUGAUACCUUAUCUAACUGACAGUGUGGAAUUAAUGUAGGUCAGAAAAGGGUUUGAAACUUCGUCAAUAUUACUUCAGUGUCAGUAGAAAUACAAACACAAAAUAUUGGUCCUAGGUAAAAGAAAAGGAAAUUACAGCUAUGAGUGCAAUCGUAAACUUUGGAAAAGCAAUAUAUCUUAUUCCCUUGUUUACUUCAUUCUUCCUUGUAGUCGUUGAGUUUUGUAAAUUAGCUAUUCAACAACUUUACGUUUUGUUCAUUCAGUUUAGUUAGUUUCACACCUUUACUUCCAUCGUUCCUUCUGCAGUUAGACACUUGAAGAGCUCAGCACUCAGCUUUUAGCCAGUUAAUCUAAUUUAAGGCCAAACCACCUGAUGAACGACCAACAGAAGUUUUCACCUGACCAUCCAGACUUUAAAUAGGACAUGCAGAACAGAUAUCUCUGCUGAAUUUUCAUUUGAAGAACAUAGAAAACCUACAGUACAAUACAGGCCCUUCGGCCCACAAAGUUGUGCCAAACAUGUAACUACCUUAGAAAUUACUAGGCUAUAGAACAUUAAUUUGGAGAAAAUAAAAUUGUGCAUCUUGAGAACCAGGUGGCAGCCUGUAAAGCUCCAAAUUCAACAAAGGCCAAUCUUUUUGGAACCCUGUGAAGUCUUUCAUAUGUGGCCCAAGUAAACAUAUAAGCUUUGCUUGUGUUCUCAGUGUAAUAUCGCCAAUGAAGAACUCAAAUACAGAUUGGGUGACCAAUCUAUAGAAGAUCUCCAUUAAGUUCACAAAGCUUGAGUUUCCAAUUAUGCAAACAACAGGAAUUCUGCAGAUGCUGGAAAUUCAAGCAACACACAUAAAAGUUGCUGGUGAACGCAGCAGGCCA